GAAGUAGCCAAAUUUGAGUAUUUCGUGCGCCAAAAUUUUCUUAGGACAACAAAAGUUACGACAAAAAAAAACAAGUUCGGACCAAAAAAAUCAAAGAAAGACUAAUCAAAACAAAGGUAAGACUAAAUAUAUAUCUUUUUUAUACAAACUGAAUCUGCUGUUUGCUUGUUUUCGGAAACAUUUACCAUAUAGAGCGUCACUUUAAACUUUAGCUGUUUUAACGUUAAUUCGGCUGAAUCGAAACUUCACAUUUACUUUGUUUCUUCAGCGUUUUAGUUAAAGUUUGAGGAAAGUUGGGGGAGCUGUAAAAGAAAGAUUCAACUUUAUAUUUUUGUAAUUAAUUAUAAUAUGAGCCGUUUAAAGCGCUGUAACUGUAUCUUUGGUGUCUGUGAAACCAAAAUAAAGUUUAAUCAGUCAGUGUUAUUAUGGAACAAAAUGUCAUCGAUACAUUUGGACUAUUGAGGGCCAGAUCUGUGUUUCUGUUCUCCCUAUUUCAGUGUGUUUUAAUCAAUCUCAGUGUUUAUUUCCUGACAUGACUAUACCGAUAUCGGUUUCGAUGCCGAUACUGUUGAGGAGUAGCAGACCAGCUGAAGGCCUAAUCAGUAAUUGUUCACUAAAAGUUAAUCUGCUGUUUGCUUUAGAGAGAUUUUGGCUUCAGAAACAUUUGAUGAUGUUAUCAAAGUGUCGGGUUAAAGUGACAGACUGAAAGGAGUGUCGUUUUGCUUCAUCAAUCAUUCACAAGAACUGUAAAUGACUUUUUUAUAGACCUCUUCCAACAGUUCAAACAGUUUCAUACAGCAGACAUGAUGAUGUUUUUAAAGGGAUAUUCCGGUGUAAAAUUAAUUUAGGGUCAGACACACCGUAACACUGAGUUAGACCCCCCUCCAGAGAUGAAUGUUGCCGACCGCUUGCUUCUCUAGUUAUACCAACUUUAGUAACGACCGCACACUGUAAAUGUAAAUGACUUUUUUACUAACCUCUUUUAUCACUUCAGUAUCAUACAGCGAACAUGAUGUUUUUUCACUGAUGCAUGUAAGGUGUCACUGUAUUCACAUUAACAAUUCAUGACCUCACUAUUCAUUCACAAUCCACAUGUUGAAACUGUUACAGGACAAGAGGUCACAUGUUCCGGUUCUGAUGUGUACAAUGGUGGACAACAGCGAGAUAAUCAUCCUCAGUGAUGAUGAUGAAGAAGAAGACUGCGACAACGCCGUCUCAUGCGGUGAUUCCUCAGUUCUCAUUGUGGAGGCGGAGGACGUGAAAAAGAACGGUAACACGCUGGUUUUCUUUACAGUCAGCUGGUUUUUAGUGGGUAAAUGUUACAUAUCGUUGACCACAAUAAUCGUUCACGAUAUAUCGUCAGAAAAAUGCUCCAUGAUAAAUAUUUGCCAUCUAAUGCAAGAUAGAUGAUGUAAGGGUGAGUGACAGACUCGCAGCUGUUGCCCACACAACAGAAUAACAAACAAACAUGGCCGAAGGUAAGAAGAAGACAUUUCUGGGCAGCUGGUUACUGAACGAGGAUCAACAUGAAGGAUUUCCAUCAAGAUUGGGGUUUAAAUGAGUGCAGUCAGGUCUGCCUGACAUCAGACGGUAGAUCUGCUGCUGUUCACUCUGUGUAAUAAGAGUUUUUAACAAAUGUUAAACAUGUUUUCAUAUUUGAGACUUGUUUGAUUUCAUUAGUUUCUCCAUAACCUACCACGUAAACUUGUGGUUAUGUAACUUAUUUGACGACUCCAACUGGUCUUCUCAAGACAAAAUGAGUCAAAAAUAUAGACUGGAGUUAUGAUAUUUGUAUCUGAACUUUUAUCGUUAUCCCCAGAAUGGUAAAUCUUAUCGUGAUAAAUAUUUUAGCUCAUCUCGCCCACCCAUACUGACCACUCCUUCGCUCUGUGUUUCAGAUUGUGUUUUACCCCCCACUGCUCUUGAAGAAGACUUAGUCGUGACCUUCUCCCGUCGUGCCGAGGUGCUGCCUCACGCACGCUACGACUGUCACAUACAUCCUUUCAAGUGAGCCAGAAACUGAAACACACACUUUAUAAAAUACACACACCGUUUUUUUUUUUAUUGCAAAAUUCACAUGUCCUUUGCUCUGUCCUCCUCAGGGCCACAGAUUGUGAAGUGGGCGCUCCUGUGGAAAAAAACAACCUCUUUUGUGAUCAGUGCUUCUGUUACAUCUGCGACAAGUUGGCUUCAUCCGUACGUAUCAAAGAAAACUGAAAACUUUCAGACUCUGCUUCUUGUUCUGAACGACAUUGAGAUUUUUUUUGUUGUUGUUUCUUUCGUCUUUAUUUCUGUGUGUGUUUGUGUAUGUCAGUGUGUAAUGUGGAUUUACAGUGGUGUGUGUCACAGCAACAGCCACAAAAAAAGUCCCUUCUGGAAUAAUCUCAGAAACACGGCGCUGCUGGGAGGACUUAAGAGUUUCAACCUCACUCUGUCUGAAGUGGACACUCACCUCAGACAUGCAGGUACUCGCUCUCACACAAAUCACAUCCCUUCAUGAUUAAACCUCUUUCCUAAGACUGUGUCCAUGUGUCCUGUCGGCGCCUCAGACCUGUCUCUCUCUCCUCCAGACGACAUGCUGCAGAGCUUCAGACAAGAGCUCUCUGUCCACUUCUCUUCCUAUCUGGGAGGAAUCUCAGUGCACGAGUACAAUCAUGGUUUAUGUAGUCUGCAGAGCCGCGUCCACGAGUGAGUGACCGAACUCUUCCUGCACUUGUUAUCCCUCUCUGUCUGAAUGGAAGAAAUUUCAGUUAGUUUUAUUUGAUAGGGGGAGUAGAUUUUAAUGAGCAUGAAACUGUUUUGUUGAAGUUUCUAGUUUUGUCUGUCGAUGGUUUUUGUCCAUCAGAGUCCGUUUCACGACCAUCCAAAAACUCCUCACUGGAGCUUUAAUUUUACAAAAAAAUUCUGAGAAUCUGGAAAAAUACCAAUUUAAGAGAUACAAGGUUAAAGGUUAGGCCCUCAGGCAGCACUGCGUUAAAAAACAAACAUGGCUCUGUAGUGGGAUUUUUGUGAUUUUGUGAUGUGAUUUUUGAUUUUAUUUUGCAGUUACACAAAAGUGUUCGAGUUUAUUACGUCGUUCCUGAACAAGGCAGAUAAACUGGAUGGCAGAGCUGCAGCCGUUAUGAACCUGGGAGCUGCUGAGGACUUUAUUAGACACUUUCGAGGGUACCGACACACACACACAAACACACAUGCACACACAUAACAGCUGAAAAAAUCCUAAAGGUAGAAUUAACAACCGACUGAGCAAUAAACGGCUAUUAGACAUCUAGUUUUUUUUUAGACCUAAUUUCAACCGUUUAGAUUCUGUAUAUUUUUAGAUGUAAUUUAGACGUCGCACUUUAACCCGUUAACCAAUAAUUAUUUAUCUCAAAAAGCAACUGUGAGACGCAUAGCUGAUCUCCAAGUACUUAAUCAAAAUAAUUAUGAUAGCCGUUCAGCAUCAAACAGUGAAGUAUAGAUAUAGUCCAGAUUUAGAUUUAGUCUAAACUUGGUCCAAAUUUAGACGUCCAAAAAACUUAAAUUUUUAGACCCUGAUUUUAGACCGGUCGUCUAGGUUACAUUUAGACCUCUUUUAGACCUAAAGAUGCGACUGCGACCAAAAUUAAGUCCGGCUGUACCACGCAGACAUGUGGUUGUAGUAGAACCUCCUCCUCUGUUGUCAUGGUCAUGUUUUUGUGAAUCUGUGAAUUUCACUGGUGUGUUUCUCUCCAGCUCUGUCUCUGUACAGUCCUCGGUGUCCAACGCUGCUGAAGCCAAAGUGAUUUUACUGCAGAGGUAAUAGAAACACACCUCACACACACUGAACCCAUGUGCUGUCCUGUCUUUAAUGUAUUCAUAUUGUGUUUGUUCAGGGUGAUAUCGUCCCUGCAGAGACUGAUGCUGACGGCUGACUUCACUCCAGAGUUCAUCCACAAACUGCAGGAUUUUUAUAAUAGACUCUUCUUCCCUGCUGAGCUGAAGAACCUGAAGAACAGGUGUGUGAGUCCCCCGAGGUUAGGCACUUCACAUCUAUUCUGUGUAUUUUAAAACUGUUCUUUUUUCAGUCUCUGUGUGCGUCUUUGGGACGAUAUCCUGCUGGUGUCGGUGCUGAAGGGCCAGAAUGUGACAGGCGUCCGCAAAGUUAAAGGCAAGAAGGACGUCCUGAAAGAGCAGAUUUCCAUCGUUUUAUUGCGAACAGAAGUGCUGCAGAAACAGCAGAGGUACAAAAGAAACACACACAUGUACACACUCAAUCUAAUCUGUUUAUUUACAGAAACUCAAAGUGUGUUUUUAUCCGUCUGCAGGUACAGAGAAUUGUGCCGCUAUCUUCAGGUCGUCCAGGCUGACAAUUCCAGACUGUGAGUGUUUAAAUUACUACGAUUAUAAAAUCAACAUGAACACCAGAAAAGAGAGGCGGCACUCUGUUCUAUUCUGUUCUUUUAACAACAUGUUCUCAGUCAGUUUGUCUGAGAGUCUGAGGAGACAUUAAACACUCCUAAUUACAGUUGAUGCUAACGGGAUGUUUCAUGAAAACGACCAGGAGUUUUUCGUCACCCGAGAUGAACUCACGAUGAACUCACGGUUUUUAGGAGGUGUAGAUUUUCACAGUAAAUGCUCCAGAGGUCGUUUAUGUUCAGUCGAGGGCUGUUGCAAUAAUAAUCAUAUUUUUAAAGAGAAAAUCCGGAUAUUGUACCAAAAUGAGCUCCUGGUGAUACCGUGAGUCCACAGUCGUGGUUCUUUACUCUGGAAAAUCAAACCUACUGAUCAGUCCUUUUAUUUGGUCGUGUUUCUCUAAGAGCUGAUGGAGACCAGCAGGACUCGACCUCGACCUCUACGACUUCACAUGUAAAAGAACCAAAUGAACGUUCUAACUCUGCUAGGGCUGAGCGAUAAACCGAAGAUUUACUGAUACUGAAAUUUACAAAAAUACAUUCGACUCUGUAAUUAAGAAGUUCAUUCAGGGAGAAAUCUAGAGUGGGUUCUUUUACUGAGUGACAAUAUUUUACCCAGAAGAUGGCGCUCAAAAAACAAAGGAACCGCCUCCUUUUUAGCAGAGACCGGUCUAGCUGUGCCUCUUUUUCACACUAUUGUUGCAUUAACUAUCAGGUAGGGCUGAGCGAUAAGCCGAAAAUUUACUGUUACUGAGACUUAUGACAAUAAUCGACGUUAUUUUGCCCAUAUCAGUAUAUGUAGUGUCAAAAAAUAAAUCAAAGUUGUUUUUGGAUGUGUGUAGGUAGGCUAUGGUCUCAUGUCCCUUUAAGACACUGUCCUACAUCAGAGACGUGACUCCACCCCAUCCAGUCCGUAACAAAGAGGUAAAGACAGGUGAGGAGAUGGAGGACGGAGAGAAAGUUGGAGCAGCUUGUGGAGUAGUUAUCGUCUAUUUAUCGUUAUUGAGGUGAACUGAUCAAUAUAUCGUGAUAUUGAUUUGAGGACAUAUCGCCCAGCCCUAAACUCUGCCUCCCUGAUAUCUUUCUCCUCAUUCAGUUUUUAUUGAUUAUCAUGUGGAUUAUUUUUGUCCGAUAUUAUCGCCUGAAGACCGACUCGAUCAUCUUUGCCGUCAGUUCUUCUUCUGCUGGUUUUGUUCACAGUUCCUCUCGGAGGUCGAAUGACGACAGCUCUCAGAAUGAAUGUUCACGGUUUUUUAGAUGAUUUUGUAUUUUCUUAUUGAGGUUCUUGUUUUUUUCAUCUGUCUCUCAGCCUCCAGCAGCUCCAGGACCUCGUCCCUUUCUUCGCCUGCAUGUGCGGGGACUUCUCGUUGGCCCUCCACACUCUGUUCCCCUCCGUGAACGCCCCCGCUGCCCGCCUCACCCCGAAGCGCUACCUCCUUUACUUCAGCAUCUUUAAAACGGCGACGGCGCCGAAGAUAACCGUCAGUAAGCCCGAUCAGCUGUGUGAUUCUGGUGCAGCGUGGGAGCCGCUCAAAGGUCAGCCUCUGAUCAGUGUGUGGUAUUUAUUCAUCACACUGUUUCCCUCCGUAUGAGACGUCAAACUCUGUCCUCUCUGCAGACACCCGGCCUCUGCCGCUGGCUGAGCUGGUGAGGUUCGCUCUCAGGGCGAAGAGCCACAGCUUUGUUGUGUCCGCUGAUGUAAGUCCACAAACCUCAUCUCUGAAUUCAUGCUGAGAUUUGAGUGAGCGUCUCUCUCUAACGUGUGGUUGUCCCUCUCUGAUCCAGCCUCAGUGUUGGGCCUGUUUACUCACAGCUGUGAACACACCUCUUCCAGCACCGAGCCCAAACUUCCUCCAGGUUUGUCUUCUCUCUUAUUUAUUACAAAAUGUUGCUCCAAUACUUUCCUCCACUAACCUGUGAUUUUCAUAUCUGUUCUCCAGGAAGCGAAGACUCUUGCGAAGUCGAUAUUACUCAACAUAAGUGAGUCCAACUGCAGCAUCCCAAAGAUCUUCCUGGAGGUGAGUUUGUCAUGAUUCAAACACACUAAAAUAAAACCUCAUUGGACUAAAACUUGACUCUGUUCUUGGUGUUUCCAGGUGUACCCGCAUCAGGCCCUGCUGCUGUUGGUGACCGAGGCUUUAGUUUUACACAUUUUCAGCCAGGCUCUAAGUCCGGCCUACUCUGUGCUCAGUACAUUUCAGGUGUGACUCCUCGUAUCUUCCCUUAUCUGUUAGCGCAGGGAGCUACUUUUUAAAGGAUGAAGAGGUUCCUAAUAAAUCUCCUGUAACUUUCUUCAAACUCAGUGAAUUUACUUCUGAGUUUAAGAUCUUCUUUUUGAGUUAAAGAAAACUCCUGGUCUGCUCAUGAUGGAUUUGCUGAACAUGUGUGUAAAAUAAUGAAAGUGUUUUUCGAUAAUUAACUGUUGUGUCUUUUCUCAGAACAAUGCGUGGGCCCUGACGUUUCUGUGGGAGAGUUUCUGUGCAGAAUCGAAGGAGGUCACACCGCACACCGACGGCAAAACAGGUGUGUGGCUGCGCUCACUCAACAGGACGAACAUGCAAGAUAGCGGUGAUAUUUGGUGACCCCUUGUGGCAAUAUAAGAAACUACAAUAAGUUAUGAAACCACGUCACACUGGAGGCUUCAGUUUGCUCCUCUGAGAUCAUGAAUGUGUGGAAAACUCAAAGAAAUCUGUCUCUACGAAAUGUGAAGAUAUCUGAGCCGAGAAAUGUUCAUCACUUUUUAAAAUCCACUGUAGAUUAGAAAAUAGGAGAGUUUACAGAAGUUCAUUAUAAUAUUAUUAGAUUUAUUUAUAUGAUGCUUGUCAUGGCGGUCAAAGACACUUUCCAACUCAGGAGAAGUAGGAGGAGACCUGAUAGUGGAGGUGAGGAGGAGAAUUUUAACCUUGAUAUGUUGGUGAACAGGGAGCUAAUGGAGGUUCUGGAGGACUGGAGUGAUGUGGUUACAUGAAGAGGUGUGGGUGGGUGAGGAGGCGAGCGGCAGAGUUUGGGAUAAAUAGACUGUAUUUUUAUGUACUGUAGGGCUGCUCGAUUAAUCGAUUUUUAAUAGUUAUCGGAUUAUUUGAUCAUGACGAUGUUAAAAAAAUUAAAAUCCUCAAAUCGGUUUUCCUCUCUAUCAGGUCUCGCACCUCCAGGCCACCGUAGGUCAAAUAAGACCCUAUUGCAGUAAUUGACUCUCUCUCUCUCUCUCUCUCUCUCUCUCCCUCUCUCUCUCUCUCUCUCUCUCUCUCUCUCUCUCUCUCUCAGACGGGAAAACAUGCUUACCCUUCCUUCAGGUUCUUUUACAGUCUAUACUUCAUACCGUCUAUUCUUCGGCGGGGAGCUUGGACCAGUGAGUCAUAUUUUCAUUUAUCUCUCUCUGACGUUAACAAACACAAACUCAGGAAACUCUUUCAGCUGAAAACUCUCAGACUCCAGUUUUGAUUUCCUGUCAGUCUGAGUUAUUCUCACUUAUCGGUCUGUUGCUUUGUUUUCCACGCCUUCUUGUCGUGAUGCGGUGAUCAUCACCUCCUGUAAGGAGCUCCUUCACAUGUGGUGAUCUUCACUGAGCACUCGGACCAGAUUUAAGUAUUUAAUGUCUUUUUCUCCUCAUGCAGGCAGUCCAGCAGCUCUUAGCUCUGCUCCUCCCAGAUGAUGCAACUUCAGCCGUGAGUCUGACCUCUCUAUCAGCUGAUCCUUUCUCAUCGGGGGGGGUCCACAAUUUCACCAUUUUCACUUUUUUUGUCUGUAUUUGAUGCAAAAAUGGAUCAGCUCUGUACUGUUGUUAGAAGAGCAUCAAACUGAAGCACGUUUUGUUCCCUCAGGACUGAUCAUCUCUCACUUUAAAAACUCUGUUUGCACAGACAACAAUGAAAAAGUAAGUCUUACUUUGAUUAGAAUAGAAAAAAAACAUAUUGAUACUAAAGGCGAAAACAUACAGGAUCCGUUUUGAGCGUGUAAAGUCAGCGUCUUGUAUCCCGCAGCCAAUAGGUUUCCAUUCUAAUCAACGCAGCUUCGCACACAGGACGCGUAUCAGCUCCGCCGCAGCAUCGUAUCGAGAGCAGAACUGCUAAAGAUACACGCCAAAUCUGUUUUCACUGCUCUACGCUUGCAACAUGCGUCAGUCUACACAGAGAAGAUCUGCACCUCACUACGCUGCUGCUACACUCCAAAUAAGCGUCCUGUGGCUGAUAGACAGCGCUGCUUGACGGAGCUGAGACGCGACGCUGACGCCACACGCUCAAUAUGGAUCCUGUGUGUUUUCAGCUUAAGAUGCUAAUUUUUGUAAUAACUUGGAUUGUUCUUUUAAAGCUUGUGAUUUGGUCUGACUUCCACAGAGGAGGUCGUGGUUCCAGUCUGGCUGAAGAACAGCAACAAGAUGGAGCAGUGAGGGACGGAUGGUCGUGUGAUUUUCUUCUAGACAUCAGAUUUUCCCCUGAAGACCGGAUAUGAGCCGACUAAGAGACUUGGGAAAGAUCAUGAUUAUUAUUAUUAUUAUUAUUAUUGCUGCUGAGUCACUUUACGUUGCUUCAUCCAUACCUGACUUGAUCAGUAUUUGUGGAUCGUGCCAAAAGGCUAAACUGGAUACUUGUUAAGUUUUGCACUGAGGUUUUAUUUCUUUAAUUCAAACAUAUUUUGUGUUUGUUAGGAGGUCCACUAUUGUGUGACAUUCAGGGUGGCAAAAAAUGAUUGAUGAUUGUGUUUUCUUUCAGUUAAACUCCUACUGUACUUUAUUUUCAGAGUAAAUGAACAAAC